GCGGGGGCGCUGGGACAACUGCAGGUGUUGGAGGGGAGUUCGAAUCCCAGACUUCCCGGCCCGCAGACUGCCUCGGCUGGCGCCAGGACCUGUUUGUUCUCCUGCAAAAUAGGCUUUGAAUAAUUACUCAUUGGAUGGAAUCAGGAACAUAUAAAGUGUGAUAUUUUUAGUAAAUGUUAUGUAAUUGAAGAAGGGCAAGAAGUCAAUGAAAUAUCCCUUGAACGCCUCCUCCUAUAGUAACUGUGUAUGUCUACAAAAGUCUGAAGAAAUCACCAUAGAUUAUGAAAGCUUGGGAGACCGCAUUUCCCAGACACCUCCACAGGGCCUACACUUCCACGGGGCCUACAACUCCCAAACACCCUUGGGCCACUGACGUCUUCCGGAAACGUGCACUUGCAAGCUGCCCGCAAUACGUCAUGGCGACCAAACGCCUUUUCGGGGCUACCCGGACGUGGGCCGGCUGGGGGGCCUGGGAGCUCCUAAACCCCGCCACUUCCGGAAGACUCCUGGCCCGGGAUUAUGCCAAGAAGCCAGUUAUGAAGGGGGCCAAAUCGGGAAAAGGUGCAGUGACCAGUGAGGCCCUCAAGGACCCCGACGUAUGCACAGAUCCUGUCCGGCUCACCACAUAUGCCAUGGGCGUCAACAUCUACAAGGAAGGGCAGGAUGUACCCCUGAAACCGGAUGCUGAGUACCCUGAAUGGCUGUUCGAGAUGAACUUGGGUCCCCCAAAGACCCUGGAGGAACUGGACCCCGAGAGCCGGGAGUACUGGCGGCUGCUGCGGAAACAAAACAUCUGGCGCCACAACCGGCUGAGCAAGAACAAGAGGUUGUAGCAUGGUGGGCCCGGCAUCGCUGACCCCCACGCCGAGGACUUGCCGUUUUCCCGGAGGACGUGGACUUUUGUGAGACAAGAGGUGGCUCCCCAGCCUGGGUUUCCAUGUGACCCCACAGUGGGGCUGGACCAGGGCCCUGGAGGCCAAUAAAGACCUUUCUGGGUAGACCCUA